AUGAAUCUAUUUGGGGCAUUGAACGCGACCACCAGGGUCACUCCCUACCUCUUUUUGGGCUCCAUUGAUUCUCUGAAUAAGGACAAAAUUAGGCAACUUGGUGUAAGUAUGGUCAUAAAUUGCGCGAAAGAAAUCCCGAAUGUUAAUUUGCCUGGUGUUGAAGUCAUUAAAUUAGAUAUUGACGACAUACCUAGCGCAAAAAUAGAAGAUUACUUUGAUCAAUGUUCUGAUCUCAUAAGGAGCGUCAAGAAUCGAAAUGGACAUGUCCUGGUGCACUGUGCUGCUGGCGUCAGUCGGUCCGCUUCCAUUUGCCUGGCCUACCUCAUGAAACAUCAUGGCAUGUCUUUGAGGAGAGCUUACUCGCAUCUCAAAGUUAAGAGACCCAUCAUAAGACCGAACGUUGGAUUUUUUCGGCAGUUGAUGGAGUAUGAAAAAAAGUUAUUUGGAAAUAGUUCGGUCUGUUUAGUGAGAUCUCGUUUGGGAUUGGUACCGGAUGUUUACGCCGAUACCAUACCGCCUGGUCUCCACUUUCCAGCACAGAAUUUACCUGCAUCUUAUACGGCACCAUAUCCACACGUUUCCUCCCGCUUUCACUAUACAAGUUUGGCAAAUUCCAUACCAUACCGGUUCGGUAACGAUCUUAGUCGCCGUUGGAGUCCAUGA